AUCGCUUACUGCAGCCAAAUCCCCUGGAUCGUGUCUGGCACUGUGCGGGACAAUAUUCUAUUUGGAGAAGACUACAACGAGGCGCAAUACGAGGAGGUCUUGAAGGCAUGCGCGCUGGACGCUGACAUUGCACAGCUGCCGGCGGGAGACAUGACUGAGUUGGGCGAGAGGGGCAUCAACCUAUCAGGCGGGCAGAAGGCGCGGCUGGCGCUGGCGAGGGCGGCCUAUUCUGGCGCGGGCAUCCAAUUGCUCGACGACCCUCUAUCGGCUGUGGACCCCCGCGUCGGCCGCAUUUUAUUCAAACAAUGCAUCGGACCGGAGGGAGGCACGACGCGGCUGCUUGUGACUCACCAGAGGCAGCACCUGCCGGGCUGCCACCGGGUCCUCGUGAUGCGCGGCGGCCGAGUGGUCGCCGACGGAAGCUACGCGCAGCUGUCUGCGGCCGGCGGCUUCUCGGCGGAGCUCGGCGGCGGCUGCGCGGAAGCCGCCGCUGAGCUGGACGACGCCGCGUAUGAUGAGGGCAUCACCGAUGCAGUCACAGCAUCCCACACUGCGGAGGCAACGGCGUCGGAUGACGGGAAAGGGGAUGGGAGCAGCGGCGCAGAUGCAGAAUUUGAGACGGGCAAGCCUCACGGCCGCCUUAUCGAUGCAGAGGACCGAGCCACAGGAAGUGUGGAGUCGCGGGUGUAUGCAGAUUACUGCAGAUACAUUGGGGUGACUACCACAGUCUUCAUCUUUGCUUCACUGCUGCUGGGCCAGGCGGCCUACCUAGGCUCGGAGUACUGGCUCGCCACCUGGGCGCCUGCAGCGGAUCAGCAUGACCCAAAGUGGCUGUAUGUGUAUGCCAUUCUGGUGGCGGCGGUCAUUGUCAUCUCUCUUGCGCGGGCCCUCGCCUUCUUCGAGAGCACUUUCAGCGCCUCAACGCUGAUGAACGAGCAGAUGACGGUGCGAGUGCUGCGCGCGCCUCUGAGCUUUUUCCACACGAAUCCGACCGGCCGCAUUCUGAACCGCUUCAGCAAAGAUCAGGGCGUUGCGGACGAUCUGCUGCCGCAAGUGGCCUUCGAUGCGCUGCAAUCCAUCUUCAUGGUCCUGGGUGCGAUAGUGCUGGUCUGCAUCGCCGUUCCCUGGGUGCUGCCAACGCUGGUGCCGCUACUGAUCGGCUUCGCAUACGUGCGCAAGCGUUACAUCACCACUUCGCGCGAGGUCAAACGAUUCGACGCAGUCACCCGCUCGCCGAUUUACGCAUCCUUCGGCGCGACCCUCAAGGGCCUGCCGACAAUCCGGGCGUUUGGCGCGGGCGGCCGCUUCAAGGAGGCGUUUGUGAGGGACUUGGACGCGAAUGGCGCCUGGUGGUUUGCCUUCAUUGCCACCGCUCGUUGGAUUGGUUUCCGCCUAGACGCCAUUUCUGCAGUCAUGCUGACCGUGGCCUCCAUUCUCGCCAUGGCCAUCCAUGACAAGGCAAGCUCCCUGUACCUUGUUUCGCCGCGGCUGGUGGGCUUGGCACUCGCGCACGUGCUCAAUCUCUCCGGCAGCAUGCAGUGGGCGGUGCGACAAACAGCCGAGGCGGAGAACAACAUAACGAGCGUGGAGCGCAUGCUCGGAUACACUCGGCUGAGGGCGGAGGUCCCCCCGCGCGUGGCCGAGGGCGGGGGGACCCCUCCCGCCGGGUGGCCCGGCGGUGGCCGCCUCGUCUUCGACGGCGUCUCUGCCCGCUACCGCCCCAGUCUCGCCCCUGUGCUGACCGACCUGACAUUCACUGUCGAGGCGGGCAGCAGCUGCGGCAUGGUGGGCAGGACGGGCAGCGGGAAAUCAUCGCUCAUGCUAGCGCUUUUCCGACUGAUUGAAAUCACUGGCGGUCGCAUUCUGGUCGACGGCGUUGACUCCGGCAAGAUUGGCCUAGACGCCCUGCGCCAGCAGCUAGCAAUCAUCCCACAGGACCCGGUGCUGUUCAGCGGGAGCCUGAGGAGCAACAUGGAUCCCUGGAACGCCUGCGCAGACGCUCGCCUGUGGCAGGUGCUGCGUCAGGUGCAGCUGGCGGCGGCCGUGCGGAAGCUGGGGGGACUGGACGCGCGCAUGGCCGAGGCAGGCAACAAUCUCAGCGUCGGCCAGCGCCAACUCUUCUGCCUCGCCAGGGCGCUGCUGCAGGACGCGCACAUCCUGGCGCUGGACGAGGCAACCGCAAACGUGGACCGUGCUACGGACGCUCUGAUCCAGUCAGCGCUACGGAACGCGGUCCGCGGCACCGACGGCUCCGGCCGGCGCCGCACUCUGCUGGUGAUAGCGCACCGCAUAGACACGAUCAUGGACUGCGAUCAGCUCCUGGUGCUCAGCCGAGGCCGGCUGGUGGAGCAGGGUCCCCCCGCCGAGCUGGCAUGCAAGCCGGAGGGAACGUUUGCGCGCCUGUCACAGGCCGCCGCCGCGAGCGAGACCUAG